CGGGAGCUCGUCUCGCUCUUCUCCCUGCAGGUGCGCCCGGGCAGGGCGGGACGCGGAGGAGGGAGGCGCCCGCCAUGCCCGGCCCGCCGCCCGCGCAGCACGGCCCGCCGCAGCCCCUGUGAGGAGGAGGAAGCGGCGGCGGCGGCGGCGGAGGAGGCGCCGCCCCCUUGGCCGGCUGCCCGACCUGGCGGCCUCCGCAGGACCCAUGGCGGAUCCCGCGCCCUCGCCGGCCCUGCGGGAGGGCGGCCCCCGCGCGCCCCGGCCCUCGGCGUCCUCCCCGCCUCCGCGCCCGCGCGCCGGCUCCGAGGCCGAGGAGGCCGCGCUGUCGCUGAGCCUGGCCCGCACCAAGACCCGCUCGUACGGCAGCACGGCCAGCGUGCGGGCGCCGCUGGGCGCCGGCGUCUGCGAGCGCCAUGUGGAGCACCGCGUCCGCGCCGGCGACACGCUGCAGGGCAUCGCGCUCAAGUACGGAGUCACGAUGGAGCAGAUUAAAAGGGCAAAUAAACUGUUUACCAAUGAUUGUAUAUUUCUGAAGAAGACUUUGAACAUCCCAGUUAUAUCAGAGAAGCCUUUGUUGUUUAAUGGACUUAACUCAAUAGAUUCUCCAGAAAAGGAAACUGUUGAUAGUUUUUCUCCUGAAGAAGAGCCAGUAGCAGCUGGGGAAGACCUCUCUCCUCCCAGUCCUCAGGAAUCCGACGUUCAGCCUGUGCAGCCUGAGGAAGUGUCGGCCAGAGAUUUCCUGCACAGACUAGACUUGCAGAUUAAGUUAUCAACACAGGCAGCCAAGAGACUAAAAGAAGAGAGCAGAGAUGAAGAAAGUCCCUAUGCAGCUUCCCUCUAUCACAGUUAGAUGAUCGGGGGCACAGUCUAACCUGGGUUAAGAGAUGGUUGGAUCAUAAAGAAACUAACAACUGAAGAUUCAACAGCAUCCCUUUGGAGUCUCAUAGCGUCCGUCUUUAAAUCUCUGUUAAGUAGUUCCGCCUACUGCAAUUGCACUGAAGUGGUUAGCUCCUUCUGCCUUUCUGUAAUGUUGAGUCUUUGUUAUGGCAUGAUAGCAGAAUUGUCUCCUAAAGCUCAUCACUUUUGUGGGUGGUGGUAGUUUUAGACUAGCUUUUGUAAACACUAGUUGACAUAAAGCAUCAAAGACUAUUUACGUAUUCAAGCUAAAAACAAUGUUUAUCUCCUGAGAAAUCCUAAUUAUGUGAAAAACAUGGUUGCUGUUUAAGUGAUGCUGAUUUUGCUAUGUGUUUAUAACUUAAGUGCUAUAUAUAUAUUUCAAUAUAUAUUACAUAUUCUGUAUUAAUAUAAAGAACCAAAUUUUGUCUGCUAUUUUGUAAAAAUAAACUAUAAAAGCCUGAAUGAGAAAAUAAACUAUGU